CUCUUAAUUCUCCACAUCCCAAACUCGAUCUGCAUAGCUUUCUCUGCUUUCUACUCAUCUCAUCUUUUGUAGUGAGUAAUUCUCUCUGAGAUUACAACCCUGAAAUUUAUAAUGGCCUCUUUGGUUUGCAUCAAUCUAUUACUACAACUGCUUCUUCUCAUCUCCCUCUUCCAUUUCGGCUUGGCAGCUAGGAGACUCGCUGAAUCAGAUGAAACCCAAAACACUUUGCUCUUCCAAUAUCACAAUGGCCCUCUUCUUACUGGUCAAAUUCAAGUAAAUCUGAUUUGGUAUGGCAAAUAUAAGCCCUCCCAACGAGCCAUCAUCUCAGAUUUCAUUACCUCCCUUUCUACUUCCAACCCCACAACGGCGCAACCUUCAGUUUCCAAGUGGUGGAAAACCAUCGAGAAAUACUACCAACUCGUCAACUCCAAGAAGCCCUCCGGUCUUGUCCUCUCAUUGGGUUCUCAGACAGUCGAUGAGAGUUACUAUUUGGGUAAAUCCCUCUCGAAUAAGCAAGUAAUUGAAUUGGCAUCGAAGGGAGGCCAGAAAAAUGCCAUUAACGUGGUUCUGACUUCAGCGGACGUGACUGUGGAAGGGUUCUGCUCGAGCAAAUGCGGUACCCACGGAUCUUCGAAGGGUGCAUCCGUGAAGGGUAAGAGCGACAGCUUUGCUUACAUUUGGGUUGGCAAUUCAGAGACUCAGUGCCCCGGUCAAUGCGCUUGGCCAUUCCACCAGCCCAUCUACGGGCCCCAGAGCUCGCCCUUGGUUGCACCCAACAACGAUGUGGGUCUGGACGGCAUGAUCAUCAACCUGGCUAGCCUCUUAGCCGGUACAGCUACCAACCCAUUUGGAAAUGGCUACUUCCAGGGUCCAAAGGAGGCGCCACUUGAAGCUGCAUCGGCUUGUACGGGUAUGUAUGGCAAGGGAGCUUACCCUGGCUAUGCCGGGGACCUCUUGUUGGACCCAACGACUGGUGCUAGCUAUAAUGCAAAUGGUGCUGAUGGAAGGAAAUACUUGCUUCCAGCACUCUUCGACCCCUCUACGAAAACCUGUUCCACGCUAGUCUGAGAAGAGGGCUGCCUAAGUAUCGGUUGUUAGUGUGUACAAUAUAGUAGACAGUAGACAAAAGAGAGUAAUUCUUUUAUAUAUCUUAUUGAUAUGAUGCUUAAAUAAUAAAAAAAGUUAAAUUUCUUCA